CCAAAAAAAGAAAAAUAAAUCAUUUUCCUAGCCAAACAACACUUUAAAGGUGCAGCCUACUUUCUCAAAUGAAGACAAUCAUGGCAAAGAGUUCCCAAGAUUUGUCCUCUAAGAAACAGUUCAACUGGACAACUAAAGUGAGCAAUGAAGAAGAACAACAUGAAGUAGUUGAAGAAGAUGCAUCUCUUAAAAUCGCAUCAAACACAAACAACACGAAAGAUGGAAAAACAGAUAGCAUUAAGAUAUCUCCUUUGAAACUCCCACAAGGCUCAAUAACCAAAUCUCCUUCUUUAAACACCAUCCAUGAAGAGAAGACAGACGAUGCAAAGUUAAUUCAGGAAUCAGAAACAUCAGCUUCAGCAUCUGCAUCAACAAGGAGAAAAGCAGUAGUAGCCAAGCUGAAAUCAGUACUAACAUCACUUGGUAAAAACAGAGGAAAUCUCCAACCAGGCUUGGGAACCAAAGUUGUAGGUACACUUUUCGGGCACAAAAACGGGCAUGUACAUUUUGCAUUUCAGAAGGAUGCCAAUUCACAACCAGCCUUCUUGGUAGAACUGGCGACUCCCAUAAGUGGACUAGUCCACGAAAUGUCAUCGGGGUUGGUUAGGAUUGCAUUGGAAUGUGAUAAGACAGACGAGAAGAAAUCAACUAGGCUCAUCGAUGAGCCUUUGUGGAGGACUUAUUGUAAUGGGAAGAAAUGUGGUUUUGCAACAACAAGGGAAUGUGGUCCAAAGGAACUGCAGAUUCUGAAAGCUGUGGAGCCUAUCUCUAUGGGAGUUGGUGUUUUACCGCGGAAUGAAGAUGAGAGCGAUGAAUGUGAUUCAGGGGAUGUGAUGUACAUGAGGGCUAAAUUUGAAAGAGUUGUGGGGUCUAGAGAUUCAGAGGCAUUUUACAUGAUGAAUCCUGAUUGUGAUGGAGCUGCUGAACUUAGUAUUUACUUGCUCCGAGUCUAGUUAAGUAGACUCGAUUCAUGUAGCUGACUCCAACUUGUCUGAGAUUGAGUGAGACGUAUGUUUGUUAAUAUAGUCAUGUUAUGUGUUUACUUUUUUUGUUUUCGGUUUUCAGAAGAGAAUCCAGUAGGAGAAUGGAAACUGGUUAAUGUAUUUCUUUAGUUUUUUCUUUCUUGGGUGAAAUGGGAGAUAUAUAUUACUGAUACAACCAAAUUAUACUUGCA